UUUCAUUUUGCACAACACCUUUUCAUGUCUUCAUGCGUUAGAGAGUUCCGUCUGGCGGAUGGCAUACCAGCUGUGACAUUUGAGAAGAGAAGCUGGGAUCUGCUGUCUUCUGAAGGAGAAAGGAAAAUCAAAAUACUCAAAUUUCUAAAAUUACUGAAUGAAGUUAUCCACUGGAUGGAAAUGAUGCAAUACAUAAGGUCACUGUGUUUUAACGUACAUGUAUUUCAGUGAAAGACAACAUUUCAUGGCUGUGGUUCAUUUAUACAUAACAAAUGAGGGAGGAAUGGGUUUCUGAGAUCACCAACCGUGAGGGGCUUAUACUCCUGUUUGUAAACUACACCUUCUUCUCUGUGAUUUUUCUAGUGUGUCUCCUGUUCAUGUUGUGUUUGGCCAAUACUACAUCCUCACCUAAUGACCUUCUUUUGUCCUUGAUGCUUCUGGCAAUGAGUUUUGUACUGGUCAACAUGGUCAUUGCUGAUUACGUUGUGUGUACGAUAUAUUCUCACAGGGAUCCCCGACCCAUCAUGUGACCUGUUGUCAGUAUGACCUUGGGAGGCAGGUGUCAGUAGUUAGAUUAGAUAUAUAUAUAUAUAUAUUUCAAUUAUAGAAAAUUACCCUAGAUCUCUAAGUAGGUGUUUAGUGAAAAUUUGAUAGUAUAUGUAUCAAUGUUUCAUUUCAAGAAAUUUUGAAAUACAAUCGGGAACCUUUCAUUAAUAAUGUCAAACUCGCGGAAUAUUAAACAAAUCACCCGCCAUGUUGAUGCAGGUGUGAUACACCUGACAUCAGGAACAAAUAUCUCAACAAACCAAAUUGAAAUUGAAUCACCAUUAAGUCCCUCAUCAAGUUAUGUCAAAACUAAACUGGAAAAAGAAUUAAGUCCUGACUUUAUAAAUGCUUUCAUCUUGGCACACUGGGAUAACAUUUUGGGACCACGAAUACUUAAUGUGUGGCUGGGUACGGAUUGUCAUCUAACGGAACAGAUGCUGAAUCAAGUUUGUAGUCGUUCAUUGAGUGGAGAGAUAUGCCGAGACAUUCAGGACAGCUUUGUGGACUUCAAAUUUCUUGACUUGGCAGAGAUGGACAUGAUCUUGGCAGGAUUUGUGUUUAUAGCUCGAGGUAAUAGCGGCCUUGGUGUUCACUCCUUGUCUGUGCUGAUGCCACAUUCUGAACUCCGAUCAUACCUGGAGAUCCAUGAACUCCUCUCUCGAUGUCUAAACGGAAUCAUCAACAAAUUACGGAGGUUUUUACACAUGUCUGAUACGCCGCACCCAGAUAUCAAUGGAGAGUUUGUCAGUAGAUCUAGAGACUGCCUGAAGAUGCUGACAUCUGUGUACGAGUUCUCGCUAGCAGUACCCAUCAGUCUAUCCGAGACAUUUCUGAGUCCCUCUCACCAGCUGGAGAGAGAUUUCCUGUGUCGCUGUAUUGCAGCUCACCUGCUCACGUUUGGUCACAGCCUAGUGAUUGGGGAGAACAGCAACAGAAUCAACUUGAGAUGA